AUGGAUUCGGACGACGACCCCGUCGUCUCAUCUUACGAUGUCUUCCUUACAGACUCCGAAGUCUCUCGUUAUGUCUUUCAAUACCUCGACCGCCCCAAAAAGCACCCUUACAUCGAGGCGAAGGGCCAGAAGCCUACCGAAUUGCGAUUGAAGCCCCGGUCCGGCCUCGUGGAGGUCGACAUUCCUAUUAGCAUUCGGCAAAACUACGAUCUCAAUAAAGGAGCACGGUUUGGAGAGGCCAUGAAGAAGAGCCGUGCCUCUCGUGAUGGAGGCGCAUUCGGAAUGGCCGGUGGGUUCAGUUCCGGGAAUGCUGUGACGAGCGGGAGCAGGGUCAAGGCUGAAGGAAAUGGGGACAUUGAGAUCUUGGACAAUAAGAAGGUGGUUGACUCCGCGUCGAUAAUAAAGACCCAGCCACUUGGCGGGCGGAUCAAGCCUCCCGAGGAAGGAGACCCGGUCUACAUGCUGGCUACAUUCAAAGACAUUGUGCAAUUACAUCCCCAGCUUCACCACCAAGAUGCAAUGGAAGAAAUACCCAAAGGCCGAGGCACAAAGACCAAGAAAGACGACGACGAGCGUCCCGCCGAGAGUGAAGCGCGAACAAUAGAUGUCAAGAUCAAGGCCGCAGAAGAUGGCGAGCAGGCAAUGCUUGCAACCAACCUGGACCUGCUCAAGAAAAUGCAGGAUGAGAAAUGGAAGGCGUAUGAAUGGGUCGAUGCCGAGACGGAGGAAGCUUGGUAUACAUAUGAAAACUACAUGACACACCAGCAGCCCGAGGAUUUGCCACAACUUGAAUCGGCGAUCCAGAGCGAGGACUACCUGGAUGCGAUGAGUGCGCCACGAAUCGACCCUGCGCAUCCGGAGAUGACUGGCUGGGCCAUGAAACAAAAUCGACAAAAGCAGAAAGAUGGAGUAUCCGGGAGUGAAGAUGAGGCCGGGUGA